AUGGCCAACCGUCAAGAUAAAGCUACAGCAGAUAGGAAUGCAAAGACGCUGAGAGAUCUCGUCAAACAUCCCGAUAACAAGCUCUGUGCAGACUGCAAGCGCAACGGCAAGAAAGAUGCUCGCUGGGCUUCCUGGAACAUUGGAUGCUUCGUCUGUAUUCGGUGCUCUGGCAUCCAUCGGAGCAUGGGAACGCACAUUAGCAAAGUCAAAUCAGUUGAUCUCGACAUGUGGACUCCUGAGCAAAUGGCUUCUGUGCAAAAGUGGGGAAACAGACGCGCGAACCUCUACUGGGAGGCGCAUCUGAAGCCUGGACAUUUACCACCUGACCACAAAAUGGAAUCCUUCAUCCGCUCCAAAUACGAAUCACGAAGGUGGGCCCUUGACGGACCGCCACCAUCUGAUCCCUCCAUCUUGGAAGGUAGCAACGCAGAGGUCAGUGUGCGCUCAAAAGCUUCAGCAUCUUCUGUGGCGCAACCCACCGAGAAUACUCAAUCCGCUGCUCCUGCGGCUCCAGUCGUUUCAACCCCAAGUGUUUUACCACAACCUCCGGCAAACCCUAGUCAUUCACUGUUGUCGUCUACCCAUGUCAGGACGGCAUCAUCCUCAAAUGCACCCCCGGUUCAACCUCCAAGUGUACAAAACGAUCUCUUUUCGUUAGACUUCACCGCUCCAGCACCACCUACCAACACAAAUCCCACGGCUACUCAGAAGAAUGUCAAGGAGGAUAUCCUUUCUCUCUUCUCAGCAAAUACCACACAACUACAGCCUCAACCUGUUUCAUUAUUCGACAAUCUAGGUGGUCAGCAUAUUCAGCAGCAGCCUAACGCGAUGAACACGAUGAUAGGAAGCGGCGGUCCAGCCCUCUGGGGAGCAGACUCUUGGUCUACACCGCAAAUGCCUCUUGGUGGGAACGUCUGGCAGACAUCAGGUACACCCUUUAACAAUGCGGCAGUACCAUUACAGAAUGUCUGGGGAAACGCACAUGCAACAGCACCCUCAACUAAUAGCGGUACAACGCCUGCACAACCAAAGCAGGACGACGCAUUCAGUGAUCUAUGGGGUGGUUUCAAAUGA